CUAAAGGAUCCCGUUCUUAAGGCGAUUUGGGAUAUCUGGAGUUGAGAGAUGACGUGUGAGGUUGGGAGACACCUUUGGCGAAACUGACAUGGAGUUUAUGUGGUUGCUGCGACUGUCUGUGGUGAUGGCCAUUUUGAGUACCGGAAGUUCACUUGGCAACUCGUGCUGGAACUCACGUGACUUUGACAUCAUGCCUGGUGAAACAUGCUUCAGUUUCAUCUUCUGUUACUAUGGUUACCCUAUCAACAAAAGCUGGUGCUAUAGAGGGUCAGCUUUCGAUGCCGAACUCAAACAAUGUACCACCAAGGCGUACGAAGUAUGCAUGUCUCGUAGAGAUUCGUUGUCAUCCCCAAUCGCCAAGUUCAGCUGCCCGGUUGAUGUGAGUGAAGGUUUCUACCCAGAUUAUUCCAAGGGCUGCCCAACAAAACAGUUCUACAAAUGUCGCCGCGGCGAGGUCCAGUCAAUGACGUGCGAGACGGACCUCUUUUUCAACGAGGGCACCGACAAGUGCGACAACGCAACAAACAUACCGUGCGGCGCCAUCUUGGUCUGUCCGCCAUCUUUACAAUAUGGCGUCUAUGCAGACUACACCAAUGGUUGCCCGCCUAACAGGUUUAUUAGAUGUUUUGGAGGGUCUGGGGGAGAAUCGAUCAAACUUGAGUAUACUUGUCCAGAUGGUUUGUUCUAUAACGAAGGAAUUAAAACAUGUGACUACAGUAAAAAUGUACCCUGUCUUGAUAAUAAAAAGGAAUGA